AUUUUCGCAACAACACUAUAAAAAACAGACAGUGAAAUUUUCCACUUAUAAUUUUAUUUUUAGCUUAAGCUUGAAAUCAUCUUGAAAUUACUAUUUUCGAGCCUAAUCAGACUUGCUACCAAGAAAUAUGUUCAAAGCGUUCAAAGUAACAUUCCUGGUUGUCUUGGUUACGGUAACCAUGGUUACACACACUGAGGCAACCAAUAGGGUGGUACCGGAACCACCUUGUGACCAGGUAUGCGUCAGAAGUAACCCGGAGAAGGAAGCAUGCUGCCGCGCGCAUAAUCACGUCACAUAUGCGUUCUGUGAGAAAGGGAAAAUGUAUUGCUACUGAACAUAACGGCCCGGCCACGACAUUGGUCUAAGCGCGACAGCGGUGAGCGGCAGCCAUGCGUGCGAAUGAAAAGACCCAUCGCUGUGUCUCGCUCUAAUGUAUGGCCGCCGCUCCCCGCUGUCGCGCUUAG